AUGUCGACUCCUGGGAAGGUCGAACACAUAAACAAUGCGGGGAAUGACGGCCUCAAUGCCGGUAAUUUUCGUCUGGGACAACAGCAACAGCCGGUUGAUAUGUUCGUUGCAUGUUUCGAGGCUGCGCUGGAGGAGGAGCUGAAGGAACAGGCUAUCUCCAGCAGCUUUCGCAUCUGCUUUGACAAGAUCGGCUCACCAUACGGCUUCAUCCGCAACGAGGGUCUUCGUGAAGCGUUGCAGCGGCUGUGCGACCUUUCGGUUGAGGCGGCGGAGGAGGCGGCUCGCACGNCAACGAGGGUCUUCGUGAAGCGUUGCAGCGGCUGUGCGACCUUUCGGUUGAGGCGGCGGAGGAGGCGGCUCGCACGACAGAGGCAGCAGUAG